AUGCCAGGCCGCGCCACCACUUUUGGCCUCGGCCUGGCCAACGUCCUGGGCAUCAAGCUCGAUGACCAAAAGCCGGACUCACAGGACGAGGUCACCCGAGGCGAAUCCAUUCUGUCGAUCCAGAGCAAUACUUCUUUCUACGAGAGAGAGCCCACGUCGGCAGAAUGGCUUCGAGAACAGAUUCCGUCGCUUGACGAGUUGGCCGAAUAUGGAACUUCUCUGUUCCCCUUCUUGACAUGGAUCGGCCACUAUAACCUGCAGUGGUUUGCUGGAGACUUGGUUGCUGGCAUCACCAUCGGUGCUGUCGUUGUCCCCCAGGGAAUGGCUUAUGCCAUGCUCGCAAACCUGGAACCCCAGUUCGGUCUCUAUUCAUCAUUCAUCGGCGUUCUAAUAUACUGGAUAUUCGGCACAUCCAAGGAUAUCUCUAUUGGCCCCGUCGCCGUUCUCUCCACUGUGGUCGGCAAUGUAAUCCAAGACAUCCAAUCCUCAGGACACGAUAUUCCAGCUCAUGUCAUUGCAUCAGCCUUGUCUAUCGUCGCGGGCUGCGUCGUCCUUCUUAUUGGGCUACUCCGGUGCGGCUGGAUAGUCGAUCUCAUCUCCAUCACCUCCCUCUCCGCAUUCAUGACGGGCUCAGCCAUCACCAUCUGCGUUGGCCAGUUGCCUGCUCUUUUGGGACUGACAGGGUUCUCAAACCGCGAAUCUCCUUACCAAGUUCUGACCAACACAUUGAAACACCUCGCCCAAGCAAGACUUGAUGCUGCCGUCGGCUUGUCGGCCCUGACCAUACUAUACUUCAUUCGCAUGAGCUUCAGCGCCGCGGCAGAACGGUUUCCAAAGCACAAACGCGUCUUGUUCUUCGCUAAUACAAUGCGGACCGUCUUUGUCAUUUUGGUGUACACGAUUGUCAGCUGGGUGCUCAACAUGAAUAGACGAGAUGAUCCCCUCUUCAAGAUUUUGGGGACUGUUCCAAAAGGAUUCCAAAACAUUGGUGCACCGAAGAUAACAUCUGAACUGGUCUCCGAGUUUGGGCCACACCUACCCGCCACCGUUGUUGUAUUGCUCGUGGAGCACAUCGCCAUCUCCAAGUCAUUUGGAAGGGUCAACAAUUACACGAUCGACCCAUCACAGGAAAUGGUUGCGAUUGGCAUGGCCAAUCUCAUCGGACCCUUCCUUGGCGCGUAUCCCUCAACGGGGUCUUUUAGUAGGACGGCAAUCCAGUCCAAGGCCGGCGUGCGGACGCCUGCUGCGGGUAUCAUCACUAGCAUUGUUGUUCUACUUGCAACAUAUCUCUUGACAUCCGUAUUCUUCUAUAUUCCGAGUGCUGCCCUAGCAGCUGUCAUUAUUCAUGCCGUUGGCGAUCUCGUCACGCCGCCAAACACCAUCUACCAGUUUUGGAGGGUUUCCCCUGUUGAAGUCUUCAUCUUCUUCACUGGCGUCAUCGUUAGCAUCUUUGCUCAGAUCGAGGAUGGAUUGUAUUCUACUGUCUGUCUUUCAGGGGCUGUUCUUAUCUACCGGAUCCUCAAAGCCAACGGCCGAUUCCUCGGUAAAGUCAAGGUUCACUCAGUCAUUGGCGACCAUGUCAUUGGGGAUGAUCAUCGAAAAGUCGUGGGACAAUACGGUACCUUUGAGAAUCCAGAAACUUCAGCAAGAAACAUUUUCUUGCCACUCGACCAUGGCGAUGGCUCUAACCCGGAAGUCAAGAUCGAUCACCCCUAUCCAGGAAUCUUUAUAUAUCGCUUUUCUGAAGGCUUCAACUAUCCGAACGCGAACUCUUCAUUGGAUUACCUCACCGACUUUAUCCAGGCGAAGACUCGGCGCAGCAGCCCUGAGGCCUUUGAACGCCCAGGGGAUAGGCCUUGGAACAACCCAGGACCAAGGAAAUCUGCGAAGCGGCCUGCACAUGUCGACUCAGAUUCUCGGCUGCCAACCUUGAAGGCGGUAAUUAUGGAUUUUAGUUCAGUCAACAACGUCGACAUCACCUCUGUCCAGCGACUCAUCGAUAUUCGGAAUCAGCUCGACUUGUACGUUGCCCCUGACAUGGUCGACUGGCACUUCGCCUGCAUCAACAAUAGAUGGACAAAGCGGGCCCUUGUAUCUGCGGGCUUCGGAGUGAAACCGGACGGCGAAGGAGCGCAACAUGGAUGGAAGUCGAUCUUCAGCGUGGCAGAGAUUGGAGGGCAAGACUCUGCUGCGGCGCUGGCUCGGGAAACAAGCUACCAUGACGUCUUUCCCAGGCAUACGGACCCAACUGAAGAGGAGGCAUUGAUUGGUGGACUCUCUCCUGGACAGUCAUACGGCGCCAUGUCGCCAGGAGAAUUAGAAAAGCGGAGACGGAGAGGCGCAGUGGUCCAUGGUCUGGACACGCCCCUAUUCCACGUCGAUCUGACGAGUGCACUUCAAAGCGCAGUCGCAAAUGUUGAAGCAAGGAACCCCUUGCAACCUUGCGUCAUUCACUCGAGUCCCCUUCUGUUGUUGAACCAACGUGAAUCCCUUCAAUCCAACGGAGACCAUCAUAGAAACCUCUUUAUCGGCUCAAAUCUUGGUCGCCACGACUGCCUCGCUGCAAUGGUUGCUGGAUGGCAGCGGCUGAACGAGAAGAAGUCGCAGCCGAAUCCCAACAUCGUUUUCAUCAAGCCCUUAGAAGGCCCAGACAAGAAGAUAGCCCAGGAUUUCCUCGAAAGAAUAGCAGCGCAAUGCCGCCCUAUCAUGCGAGAACACCACCUCUACGUAACCUCCUUGGAGGAGUAUGAGCCUAAUCGUGAAUUCGUUGGGCGGAAUUUCAACGCAGGCGAAGUUGUUCAGCUUGUCCUUAAAUCACCCAGUACCGGGCGGUGGUUGCCGUUUAACUACGUUCAGAUGGUUAUGAUGCAUGAGUUGGCCCAUUGCAAGCAGAUGAACCACUCGCGAGCGUUCUGGGCUGUUCGCAACUCGUACGCUGCCCAGAUGCACGACCUAUGGUCCAAGGACUACACUGGAGAUGGUCUCUGGGGAAGGGGUGCCAACCUGGCUACUGGCGCCUGGGAGAAGAACACGGUGCUCGCUGAUGACGUUCUGCCAGAGCACCUAUGUGGAGGUACUUACAGAUCGCGGAAGAAGAGAAAAGCGAAGCCACAGCUGUCUUAUCAGGAGAGGAAAGAGAGGAGAAUUCUCAAAAAGUUUGGCAAGAAUGGAGUCGCACUAGGAGCGGAUGAGGAGACCAAGGUCAAGCUCGAGAGCGGAAAAAAGAUCCAGGCUAAACCUAGAGUGGCCGGCAGCAUGAGAGGACGGGAGCUCCGGGCAGCGGCUGCACUGGCUCGCUUUGAGAAGCAAAAGACAGAGCCGGAGCCCACCAAGGACGAAGACGAAACGGAAUCCGGCUCUGACAGCGAGUACGAAGACGAAACGGGGGCCGACUCUAAGGACGCUGUUGACGUUGACGGCAAGAGACUCGUCGAUGGACAAGGAAGAGGGAUGGUCAGGGUCUGUGAAGAUGAGGACGUAAAUGACCCCGAAGCGAGGGACGAGUCGAAGGAGCUUCAGAACAUGAUCAGAGGGAUCAAGCAAGAAUAUCCCGAGCCUCCAGCUCUGAGGACGAUAAAAGCACAAAACUCUGGCGUCAAAAAGAGCAGUUCUUCGACCAAGACACCGGCCAUCGCGGUCAAGAAGGAGCCUAAUCACGAGUCUGGAGGAAUCAAAGAACCAGUGAGGCCCACCGCAGAUCGUCACGAUGCCUCUAGCAACAGGUCAACGGCGGUCAAGAGUCAACGCGGCCUACCUACAACAGCAACAUCCCGGGCGAGCAGUAGUUCUCUCCCGCGUAACAACCUAACCGAAACAACAUGCUCCAUGUGUUCGUACGCCAACCUCGGUCUGGCACUCACAUGUGCCAUGUGUGCCAACGUACUUGACCCUUCGUCUACACCGGGUUCGUGGGCAUGUUUGAGCGACUCGUGCAAGGACACGCAGUAUCAUAACGCUAGUGACUGCGGAGUGUGCGGACUAUGUGGGAAAAGAAGGGUCCAAGCUGGAUAG